UACUGCAUCAGUUCUACGGAAUAUUUCUUCGAGGGAGUUCCUAUUGAAUUUCGUUGGUGAUAAUGACUGGCCGCGGUAAGGGAGGAAAAGGUUUGGGAAAGGGAGGAGCGAAGCGUCACAGGAAAGUUCUUCGUGACAACAUCCAGGGAAUCACGAAGCCUGCUAUUCGCCGUUUAGCUCGCCGAGGCGGUGUUAAACGCAUCUCUGGCCUGAUUUACGAAGAAACCCGUGGUGUUCUCAAAGUCUUUCUGGAAAAUGUCAUCCGUGAUGCAGUUACCUACACCGAACAUGCCAAGAGGAAAACCGUCACUGCCAUGGACGUGGUCUAUGCGCUGAAACGUCAAGGACGCACUCUCUAUGGCUUUGGUGGUUAAUUUGUUUCUCCGAUUCUCCGCUACUCUUCGUACACAAGGGCCCUUUUCAGGGCCACAAACUUAUUCAAUACGUAAAUGGAGCAAACCGUUUUACCAUAGUAUGCACUAGUUAAUUUUAAUUCGUCACCCCUUUUACAAAUCAAAAUUUAGAUUACAUUAUGGUUUCCGUUCGAAUAAUAAGAUACCUAAUAUCUAUCUAUUAUUCUUGCGACAGUGUUUUUAAUAAGUUCCAUGUUUUAUAUGUUCUUCUGUUAAGCACGAAGGUUUAGUCUUGGAUUUUGAUAGCCGUUAAAGUUCAUCUUCCUUCUUUACACCACUCAUUCAACUCAUUUGUAAUAUAUAGUAUAUAUGUAAAAUACUGAAUUACUUUCUAUAUUCUCCAGAUGGCUUUUAUAGGUGUUCGACUUAUGCGUUUCAAAAUCCGUUGUUUCGACAUUUUCGGAUUAUUUUGUAUCUCAA